AUGGCUGACAUUCCUCCAACUGAAAACCAAGCGGAAACCAAUGUUUCUGACAACACUAUGUCCAUAACAAACCCACUCAAUGCAACAAGUACGACCAAUACCAAUGCAAUUGAACCAACUCCAUUAAGCGCGUCCAGCGCCGGAGAUAUCCAAAGUGCGACCAGCACCAAUGUAAUCAAUAGUGGUUCUCCAAGUUUAAACCAAAGUGCGACCAGCACCAAUGCAACCAAUAAUGGUUCUCCAAGUUUAAACCAAAGUGCGACCAGCACCAAUGCAAUCAAUAGUGGUUCUCCAAGUUUAAACCAAAGUGCGACCAGCACCAAUCCAACCAAUGGUGGUUCUCCAAGAACAACUGUCACCAACGGUAAUCUAAGUACUACGAGUACCAUUAACAAUGUUCCAAACUUGCCAAGUAUUUCAAAUACCAACAAGAAUGCUCCUAGCAUUUCCAAUCACGGAACAAGUCCCAACCGCAAUGUGAGCACCAACUCCUAUGAUAAAGGACAUCAAUACCACCGAUACGAAUCCGAAGAUUCUAAUUCCGAAUCCGAAGACGACUAUGAUGAUGAUAACAAUCAUCAAGAUGAAUGUUCCACCCCUUUUUUAAAUUUGUUUCCAGAUUUAUUAGAAUCAACUGAUAUUAAUCAACAAAACGAUCAGUGUGAUCAGUCAUCUUCUCUUAAUGACACACCAGUAGUCACCCGUCCAUUCGUUAAUAUGUUGGUGGACGGGAAGACAUAUCACAGAAAAUACAGAAAUUCGUGGUAUAGCGGAGUGAUAGUCAGUGUGAAUCCAACAGAGAAGUCAGCCAUUAUCGAAUACGAUGAAGGGCUGACGAAAGAGAAACUUUCAUUCGACCGCUUGCGACUCCAUAGAGACUCUGAGGAGCGCGAUCAUUUUAAUCUUGGAGAAAUGGUCACUGUAUACGAUGAGCGACCACCUUCAGCUCGUGCCAAGAAACAAUCAAAAGGUGUUCAAACAAAAAAAAAAACAAUAAAAAAUAAUAAUAAUAAUAAUAAUAAACAAAUCAAAUCAACAAAAACAACAAAAGCAAUAAAACCAACAAAAACAACAAAAGAAAAAAAAAUCCCUGGUUUCCUGGUUGACGGUAUUAUCAUUGGGUCAACUGUAGAUAAAACUAAAGGUAUUGAAUAUGAGGUGAAAUUAUUAGACUCACCUAGUAGAGGAGUAACAAAAAAAUUUUCAUAUAAGUUGGUAUACUCUUAUGAAAACUUUUCUCAACAAGAAUAA